AUGGCAGAAUGGUUUCCGUCUUGUCUUUACAACUUCAUCACUCUACUUGUUCUAGUUUUGUGCAUGAACCCACCAUUACUACCAUCUGCAACAACGUCUCUUAACGUGUUGAGCUUCGGGGCCAAGCCAGAUGGUAAAACAGACUCCACUCAAGCUUUCAUGGAGGUAUGGGAUGCGGCAUGUGGAGCUUCAGAUUCAGCCAUGAUAUACGUCCCCAAAGGAAGGUACUUGCUGGGUUCUCUGCAGUUUAAAGGAGAAAACUGCAAAACAAAUGACAUCACUUUUAGAAUUGAUGGCACGCUGAUGGUUCCACCUGAUUACCGGGUGCUUCUUCAGGUUGAAAACUGGCUCAGCUUCAAUCAGGUUACCGGAGUUUCAAUCAUCGGCGGAAAACUCGAUGCCAAAGGAUCCGACUUGUGGGCUUGCAAGGCUGCGGGUGGGAACUGCUCUGACCUGGGAGCCACGACAUUGAGAUUCACAAACUCCAACAACAUUAGAAUCAAAGGGUUAAUGUCGUUGAACAGCCAGAUGUUCCACAUCGUGAUCAACAAGUGCCAAAACGUGAAAGUUGAAGGAGUGAAAGUCAUAGCGGCCGGAAACAGCCCGAACACCGACGGCAUCCACGUCCAGCAAUCAACAGAUGUAGGCAUUUUCAACUCUACCAUAAAAACUGGUGAUGAUUGCAUCUCCAUCGGUCCUGGUACCAAGAAUCUAUGGAUUCAGCGAGUCGCAUGCGGCCCUGGCCAUGGAAUUAGCAUCGGAAGUCUAGGCAAAGAUGCUGAAGAGGAAGGAGUUCAAAAUGUGACAGUGAAGCAGACAGUAUUUGCUGGUACCACAAAUGGGCUGAGAAUAAAAGCAUGGGCCAGACCCAGUACAGGCUUUGUUCAGGGAAUUCGGUUUCUAAGCUGCAGAAUGCAAAAUGUGGAAAAUCCAAUUAUAAUCGAUCAAAAUUACUGCCCUCACAAUAAGAAUUGUCCCAACCAGGUAUCAGGCGUAAAAAUUAGAGACAUUACGUAUCAAGAUAUUCAAGGAACAUCAGCAACACCAAUAGCUAUAAAGUUCGAUUGUAGUUCCUCUCAUCCAUGCACAGGCAUACGAGUUCAAAACGUCAAGUUGACAUAUUUUGAUGAAGCAGCUGAAUCAUCUUGUACCAAUAUAGAUGGAAAGUCUUUUGGAUUGGUUAUACCAAUUGUUGAUUGUUUCUAA